GCAUUCUCCCCACUGCUGUCUGCACAGCACAGCACAAGCACAAACACAAGGGAGUCAUCGCUAAUAAAGCCCCAAGCAGGCAGCCCCACCUUGCCCACCAAAAAUCCUCAAUUUUUGACCCUCACGUUUGUGUUCUAGGACAACCCCGCGCACCCGCGACAGAAAAAAAAGACCGUGUUCUUUUUUCUCGAUCUUACAACACGGGUAUUAUAUCUUGGAAAAUUAUAGAAAAUUAGAAACGCCCGGCCGCAAUCAUGUCUCGAUUCUUCAGAAGCGGCGGCAACGACAGCUCGAGCGACAGCUCGAGCGAGGAGGAGGAUAUCCUUUCCGAUGAGGAAGAGCAGCAACAGCCCUUCGAGGGCGACUCGGACGAGAGCGACUCUGCCUUUGACAACGCCUCAGACGACUCUGACGAUAGCGACUCCGACGACGGCGUCACGACUGGUGCCGGCCGUUUCUUGGUUACCGCCGACUCAGACGAUGACUCCUCCGAAGACGAAGAGCGAGCAAAGGCCCGUAGUGCCAAAACUAAGCGUGCCGAUGAGCUCGACUCUUCCAUCAAGCAGAUCGAGAACGGCCAGAAGAACGGCGACUGGACGCUGAUUUCUAAUGAGCUCGACAAGCUUACCCGUCAGGUCACUAAGCUGCCUGCCAACGUCAAGACCCCCAAGCCCUUCAUCCGCAUCAUUGCCGAUUUGGAGGACUUCAUCAACGAGGCCCUUGCUAAGCAAAAGGUUACUCCCAAGAAGAUGAACGCCACAUUAGCCAGAGCCCUCAACGCGACGCGCCAAAAGGUUAAGAAGACCGUUAAGGAGUUCCAGACACAGGUUGACUCUUACCGUGAGGAUAACGAUGCCUACAUGGAGAGCUCCGAGGAGGAGGAGGUGGAGAAGCCUGUCAAGGCUAAGAAGGUUAAGAUUGCUGAUGCUACUUCUACCGCUGAGGCCUUCGGUGACGAUGACGGUUUCGCCACUGUCGGCAAGGGUGGCCGCACUCUUCAGUACACCCCCGAGAGCAUCUUCAAGCACCUCCGAGGCAUCAUGGAGUCUCGUGGUAAGAAGAACACUGAUAGACUGGAGCAGAUCAAGGUCAUGGAGAAGCUUGGCGAGAUUGCCAACACUCCCUACCAGAAGAUCCGUGUCCUCCUUACUCUCAUCUCUGCCCGCUUUGAUAUCACCAGCGGUACCUCCAACACCAUGCCCCUUGAGCACUGGAACGCUGCUGAGAAGGAGCUUUCUUCCCUUCUUCAGACUCUUGAUGAGAACCACGACUAUAUUGUAAUUGAGAACGCCGAAGAGUGGGAGGAUGAUGAGAAGCCCCCCACGCUCCAGCCUGGCCAGAAGCACAUCAAGGUCCCUGGCAGCAUUGUUUCGUUUGUCGAGCGUCUUGAUGACGAGCUCAUGCGUGCUCUUCAGAACAUUGACCCCCACACUCCCGAGUACAUUGAGCGUUUGGGAGAUGAGGGUGCUCUCUACAACAUCAUCUUCCGCGGUCAGCUCUACUACGAGUACAUCCGCAAGGACUCUGGUCUUGAGAUCCCCCAGGACAGCAUCAACAGAAUUGCCAUGCGCCGCUUGGAGCAUGUCUACUUCAAGCCCGCUGCCGUUGUUCAGACCUUUGAGGAGAACAGCUGGAAGGCCGCUGGCGACAAGGUCGAGUCCACCAUUACUUCCCGCGACCAGUCCCGGGACGCCAACAACCUCGUCAAUAUCCUUUGCAACUACCUCUUCACCAACAGCGAGGGUAUCAUCCGUGCCCGUGCCAUGCUGAGCCAGAUCUACUUCCUUGCUCUCCACGGCGAGUACUACAAGGCCCGCGACAUGAUGCUCAUGUCUCACUUGCAAGAGAACAUCCCCAGCUUCGAUGUCCAGUCUCAGAUCCUCUACAACCGUACUCUUGUCCAGGUCGGUCUCUGCGCCUUCCGCAAGGGUCUCGUCUACGACGCCCAAAACACUCUUCAGGAGAUCUGCGGCAGUGGCCGUCAAAAGGAGCUCCUCGCCCAGGGUGUCAUGAUCCAGCGCUACAGCCAGGUCUCUCCCGAACAGGAGCGCCUUGAGAAGCAGCGUCAGCUUCCCUUCCACAUGCACAUCAACCUCGAGCUCCUCGAGUGUGUGUACCUCACCUGCAGCAUGCUUCUCGAGAUUCCUCUGCUGGCCCAGACCGGCUCGUCGCCGGAUGUCAAGAAGAGAAUCAUCAGCAAGACUUACCGCCGCAUGCUCGAGUACCACGAGCGCCAGAUCUUCACUGGACCUCCCGAGAACACUCGUGACCACGUCAUGCAGGCUUCCAAGGCCCUGGCUGCUGGCGAGUGGAAGAAGUCGAUUGAGUUCAUCCACAGCAUCAAGAUCUGGGAGCUGAUGCCCAACUCCGAGGACAUCAAGACGAUGCUCUCCAAGCAGAUCCAGGAGGAGGGCCUGCGCACCUACCUCUUCACCUACGCCCCCUUCUACGACACUCUCGCCAUCGAGACGCUCAGCAGCAUGUUCGAGCUUGACGACGCCAAGGUCGCUGCUAUUGUCUCCAAGAUGAUCAGCCACGAGGAGCUCGCUGCCUCGCUUGACCAGGUCACCUCCAACCUCAUCUUCCGCAAGGGCGUCGAGCUCUCGCGUCUCCAGUCCCUCGCCCUUACCCUCUCCGACAAGGCCUCCGCCCUCAUCGAGACCAACGAGCGCACUCUUGAGCAGCGCACCCAGGGUACGUCCAACGCCUUUGAGCGCCAGGGUGGCCGUGGUCGCGGUGGUCAGCGCUCCGGACGCGGCGGUGCCCGCGCUGGUCCCCGCACCGGCGGCAACACUCAGCGCCAGGCCGGCGGUACUCAGUUCACCGGCGGCGCUCUCGGUGCUGCUGUCCGCGGUUAAACAUGUGCGAGCGACGGAGUCUUUUAUGCGAGUUGUGUUGGGUUAUUUUGCACGGCUUUUCGUUUGUCGGUAAUUGUUUUUGUUCUUUCCCAGCAUUUUUCUUCUUCCAAACCAACCAUCAAGCCAUGCGCUUGGCCGGUUCUUUUUGGAGCAUUCCCUUUGUUUGCUUUAUCGUUUCUCACGUAACGGCUCAUGAGGAAAAGGAGAAAGAGAGAAGACACGAAACACGGGAAGUUAUUUCAUUAUUUAUUGCGUUUAUAAAAAGAUGCAUAAGAGAGACGAGACCAAGGGAAGAGGGAAUUCAGCACGGAACGCUAUUUUACGAGGAGGGACUGUCUGGCAACUUGGAACCUUAUCGUGGGAUGCAAGUUGGAUUGUAGCCCGCUAGGGGCAAACGGUAUUUACAUGAGAACAAAAAAGAAUGUUUUUUUAUAUAUGAUUUACAUCAAUGUGCUGCUUGUUGUGAUAGUGACUUUGAAGAUGUAAUUUACAGCUAAAAGACUAAUAUGGCGUAUAUAUAAAUGAAAUCCAACAUCAAACACAGCAUCGAUUCAACAGCAGUCUUUUGUACAACUAGUGCUCGCAGAAGCUCCAUUCGUUGUACUCGCUCCUCUGCGAACCUUGCACAAACACCUUUCGCUCAGCCAUGAGCUCUUCGCGAAUCGCCUUUGCUGCAUCCAGCGAAAUGGGGAACUCGACAUUGUCUGCAACCAUGGCUGCGAGCUCAGGCGGCAGGACGUUCUUUCCGGACAGCUGCUGCUUGUCGAGGGUAUUCUCCUGGUGUGGCAUAGACCCCAUGCCAGUCUCGUUCGCCCACCAGUCCAGCUGCUGUGGCGGCACAUUGGCCGAAGAGAUGACGGGAAUUUUAGGGUCGACGAGGAACAGAGCGAGGAUCUUGCGAUGACCAGGACGUGUCGGGUCUGCUAGCUUGAAAUCUCGUACGCGGUGCUGGUAGACAUUGGGGAAGAAGAGGGCUCUGCCUUGACGUGUGUUCACGCCGCCAAUCUCUUGUACUGCCGGGCCACUCGUGUCAAUAUUCAACACGCGCUGAAUGCUAAGAUCGUCAGACUGCUCGUGACUAAGUUCCAUGCUCAAGUCCUCCCUGUUGGCAUUUGUGCGGAAGUCGAGGUGGCUGUCCGUGAUGUUAUCCGAGUCGUAGUAGUACAGGGCCGUGGCGCAGAUGUGCUCGUUGCGCAUGCCCUCGACGUGCCAUGAGCCGCCUUCGUAAGUUGGGUUUUCGGGCGUGAGGUGGAUAUUGGCGAGCUUGACGAUGAACUGGAGCCGAGAGAAGUUCUCAAAGCAGCCAAGCUUGCCUAGGGGCAGCUUUGGAAGUCGCAAGUCCGGGGUGAGGGCCAUGGGGUGCGUUGCAAUAAACCAUUUGAGGCGAGGGUCGUUGAUGUCCUUCUCAUCAACGUCAAUGUCCCACAUCUCGCCGUGGUCGCCUCGAGGGUCAUCUUCCUCGUGUACCUCACCGCUGAGCUGGCGCUUGAGCAGGGCGUCAAACUCCUCGGGCGACUGAGCAUUGAUGUAGCGCUCCGGGCAUGCCUGGGGGUAGCAUGAUCGGCAUGAGUCCUCGAUAAUGCAGGCGUGCUGCGCCUGGUGCUCGCGGAUGCGUUGGGUAUCAUAGUCGUUGGGCCAGCGGUAGACUAGAUCGAGCGCGGGGAGGGACUUUGCGAUGAACUUUUCAAUGACGGGGUAUAGGUCAGCAUGGAUACGGGGGUGCGCGUUGUUGAUGUAGCUUUCGAUCUUGGCUGUUCCGUCCUUGAUGGCAACAUUGCAUGGUAACCAUUGGAAUUUGUCAGAGUACGUGUGGAUUUGGCGGUAGGGAUCGUCACGAUCUGGGUGGAAGGGUCGCGGGAUGACGACUCCCAGACCGGCAUGAUCGAGGCAGUCGGCAAUGGAGAUUUGCUUGUCAGGAAGAAUGCGUGUUCUGCCGUAGACAAUGGGCCAUAGCGAUGGGUGCACAAGGUCAAGCACUUGGUUGUUGCUUCCGGGGUGCCAGUCCUUUUUGGCGUCUGGGACGUUUUCAAAGCUGGACACGGCGGCCUUGAGCUCGGUGAUGAGAUCGUCGGUGAGGAGUUUGUCGUCUUUGACUACACAGGCGCUGUAGUCGAAGACGGGAAUGAGGCCUGUUUGUUCAUACAGGUCGGCCUUUCUCUCAAGCUCGCAGAUGGCCGAGUCGAACAUGGCCUCAGACAUGUCGGCAAAUAUGUUGAUAAAUGACCAAUCUGCGGCAAGGGCCUCGGCCUUCCAUUUUGCAACAAUCUCAGGAUUCUUGACCUUGACCCACCAUUCUGGCUUGUCGGUGAUGGAGUUGACAAUGUAAAGGAUACAGGUCUCACGGAUCGAUAGAGUGUUGGCGGCCCACUCGCCCAGGCCCAUCUCAUUACUUGACUCAAUUGUGAACAUGGGGAAAUGUUCCUCUGAAUCGGGCAUAUCGUCAAACGGGAGUCCAAAGCCAGGCAAAGAUGUUUGGCCACGCUCUCCAAGCUGCGUGAGUCGGUCAGCGCCUGUAGUCUAGGGUUCUCUUGGUGCAAUUGGGUUACCUGGUACUCA